AUGGCGGCCGCCGUCGGCGAGGGAAGAGGCUGCGCGGCGGCGGGGAGCCCAGAGGCCCGAGGGGGCAGAGGGGGGCCUGGGGGGCUGCCCGCGGAGCAGGAAAGAGAAGGGAACCCCGCCGCGGCGCCGGUGCUGCCCGGCUUCGACGACGUCGACGCCUUCGUCAAGCACGCCCUCGGCACCAUGGUGGCCACCACGAAGGCAUCCAGCGGGCUCCCGCAGCCUGGCGAUGAGUACGACUUCUACCGCAGCUUCCCUGGGUUCCGGGCGUACUGCGAGGCGCAGGGCCAGCGGCUCCUGCACUGCAUGAGCAGGGUGAUGCAGUACCAUGGCUGCCGCAGCCACAUGAGAGAUCACAGCAAAGUCACAGAGCUGGAAGAUAAGUUUGAUAUGCUGGUUGACUCCAAUGACGUCAUUCUUGAAAGAGUGGGUAUUUUACUGGAUGAAGCAGCAGGAGUGAACAAAAACCAGCAGCCCGUCCUUCCUGCUGGGCUGCAGAUGCCACAGACGAUCGUCUCCAGCUGGAACCGCAAGGCAGGAGAAUACCACAAAAGAACUAAAUCUGAAACCUUCCGACUGCUUCACGCCAAGAACAUCACUCGCCCACAGCUUAAGUUUAAAGAAAAGAUUGACAAUUCCAACACUCCCUUUGUACCUAAACUUUUUAUCAAGCCAAAUGCUUUGAAACCAUUGCCUGAAGCCCUCACAAAAAGCGGACGGGAACGAAAGGAACGCCCCGAAGACUUGGAUGUCCCAGCUGCUUUGGCAGACUUCAUACACCAGCAGAGGACGCAGCAAACUGAGCAAGACAUGUUUGCUCAUCCUUACCAGUAUGAACUGGAGCACUUUUCUCCACCAGAUGGAGUUCUUAAGAAGCCAGAACCCCAGAUGUACAGACCCAUGAAGGAAACACCUUGUCAUUUUAUCACUACACUGGAUGAGCUGGUUGAACUGAACGAGAAGCUUAUGAACUGUAAAGAGUUUGCUCUGGACUUAGAGCACCAUUCCUACAGGAGCUUCCUGGGCUUGACGUGUCUGAUGCAGAUUUCCACUCGAACAGAAGACUUCAUUAUUGAUACGCUGGAGCUGCGCAGUGACAUGAGCAUCCUCAAUGAGACCUUCACAGACCCUGCAAUUGUGAAGGUCCUGCACGGUGCUGAUUCAGAUGUGGAGUGGCUGCAAAAAGACUUUGGCCUGUACUUGGUGAACAUGUUUGAUACUCACCAAGCUGCUCGUCUUCUCAAUCUUGGCAAGCACUCUUUGGACCACUUGCUGAAGCUGUAUUGCAGUGUGGAUGCUGACAAGCAGUACCAACUGGCUGACUGGAGGAUACGCCCUUUGCCAGAGGAAAUGAUGCAGUAUGCCCGUGAUGACACUCACUACUUGCUCUACAUUUACGAUAAGAUGAGGGAGGCACUGUGGGAGAGAGGCAACGAGCAGCCUGCUCAGCUGAGGGUUGUUUGGCAGCGCAGCAGAGACAUCUGCCUGAAGAAAUACAUCAAGCCCCUCUUUUCAGAUGAGUCCUACCUUGAGCUCUACAGGAGGCAGAAAAAACACCUCAACACACAGCAGCUGACAGCAUUUAGAUUGCUGUUUGCGUGGAGAGACAAGACAGCGCGUCAGGAAGAUGAGAGUAUAGGAUACGUGUUACCAAACCACAUGUUACUGAAGAUAGCAGAGGAGCUGCCCAAAGAGCCCCAGGGUAUCAUUGCUUGCUGCAAUCCAGUCCCACCUCUGGUUCGCCAGCAGAUUAAUGAGUUGCAUCUUCUCGUUCAGCAGGCCCGAGAGAUGCCUCUUCUCAAGUCGGAGAUUGCUUUGGCAGUCAAGAAAAGGACAUCUCUCUCCAACCCUGAGAGGCUGGAGAAUGCCUUCUUUGGACCACACGACAGUUCCCGGAUUCCUAUGGAUGAUUUUCAGAAUAAUUCUGCUUUAGAAUCUACAUCUGCACCAGUCUUGGAACGUGAUUCUCUCUUUUUGGACAGUGAGAGGACAAUGAAUAUUCAGGGUGUUCAGCCAGAGUCAGCGUGCCUUGUUGCUACUGCCACUGUCAGCAUAUUCAGUGAAUGUGAUAAAGAUGAAGGAAGUGAGAAGGUUUUAACAGCUGCACAGAAAAAAGCUCAGCGUAUAAUGGAGUCCUUUGAAAAUCCAUUCAGAAUGUAUUUGCCUUCAGAACAGAAUCCUGCCUACGUCUCACAGUCUGCAAAGUUUGACCCAUCAUCAAAAAUUUACGAAAUCAGCAAUCGAUGGAAGUUGAUGAGUAAGACACAAGUACAGAAGGAAUCCAGGGAUGAAGCAAAAAAGAAAGCAGCUCAGCAGUCAGCUGCUCGUGACCAAGCACAGAAGGAGUACAAAGAGGCAACAGAAAACAUUGUGUCUGUUCGUCAGCAAGCUAUGCAGGAGCAAGCUAAUAGGAAGAGGGAGAGGGUCAUGAGUGAAACAGCACCAGAACUGCCAAAACCAGAGAAGAAACGGCCAAAAGCCUCCCAGCAACCAGAGGAGCUGGAAGCACCGAAGCAGUUUACCCCCUUUGAUUACAGCAAGUUCAACUUCAAAGUGUUUGCGGGAAGCAGCAAAUCGAAGCAGUCAGCACAGUUUGAUCCCACCAGACAAGUUCACACAGGCAAGAAAUUUGCUGGAGCCAACAAACUUCAACAACCGGCUGGAAACCGAAGCAUGUCCUACCUGGCAGGGAAAGCUGAUAGGGGUUCCAAGCACCACUGGCCAAAGAGAUAGUCCUUGUUCUGGGAGCUGUGGGAGCUGCUGAAGGAAACAAUAGACAGAAGUAACCAUGGAAAGGCAAAUGCUGGUCAAUGAGCAGUUUUCGUACAGAAAUGUUUUUAAGUCCAUUAAAACCUUUUUUUUUUUUUUUCCAAAAGGGAAAACAUCUUCAUUGCUUUGGCUUUUAUUGUAUUCACACUGUUCUUUGUAAUUAUAAUGUUGCCUUGUUUCUAAUUUUGAAAGUUUGUCCUCAAAUGCAGUCAGAUUAAGCUUAAGUGGAUAUGGAGGAACAUUUUGGCAUCACUGAAGUCAGCGCAAAAGUAAUUGAGAGGCUCAAUAGAUGUGAUUUAAGCUCCAGCAGUCCAGAGGAAGAACUAAGGCCAGACUGACCUUAGCCCUUGCUUACACAUUGAACUGCACAGCUCACCUUUUACAAGACAAGGUAAUGUGAAAAAUGAGAAUGUUCCUGGCAGCGUUAGAAUUACAAAGUAAAGGUUGUGAGGGGUAGGUGUGUAAGGGUUGAGGUGCCUUUUAGGUCAGACAGAGUAGGUAGUUGCUUUUUCUCCGUAAUGAUACAGAGUGAAAGCAAUGCUUUAAUGUAGAAAAUAAAGCCAGGGAGGUUCUGCGAUGC